GUCCCGGCGGGUAGCUGUGGUUGUGGAGCGUCUCGCUCCCCCCCCUCAUGGGGUCUCUCCUCGGCCUGGCGCCUCCCCCCGCACUCGCCGCGAUUUGAAGCGGCGGCCUCCGCCCGCUCCCGGCGCCUAGCGCUGCCGGAGCCACCGGCUAUGAAAAUGAGUUGCACAAUUGAGAAAGCCCUAGCUGAUGCUAAAGCACUAGUAGAGCGACUAAGAGAACAUGACAACGCAGCAGAAGCUCUUAUUGAACAGACUACAGCUCUCAACAAGCGGGUGGAAGCGAUGAAGCAGUAUUUUUGCAUGCAAGUCUUGAAGCAAUUUUUAAUUGUUUUGGUAGAACUACGUACAUCUCUCGAAGAACAUCAGUCUGCUUUGGAACUCAUAAUGAGCAAAUACAGAGAGCAGAUGUUUAGGCUGCUCAUGGCCAGCAAAAAGGACGAUCCAGGUAUAAUAACGAAGUUAAAAGAGCAACAUUCCAAGGAUCUACAAGUGCAUGUGGACCAAAUUACAGAAAUGGCAGCAGUAAUGAGAAGAGCCAUUGAAAUUGAUGAGCAGCAGGGUUGCAAAGAGCAGGAGCGUAUUUUUCAGCUUGAACAAGAAAACAACGGCCUGAGGGAAAUCCUUCAGAUCACCAGAGAAUCAUUCCUGAAUCUCAAGAAAGAAGAUGUAUCGGAGAGUACAUCUCUGUCAGCAUUAGUAACGAGCAGUGAUCUGAGCCUGAGGAAGAGCUGAAGAUUCUGUGAAGUCAGCAAACUUUGUUGCACAUUUAACAGCUUAGGGUAUCAGGGUUCACUUGUCAAGCAUUUGUUACUGAAUAGGGCACCAGAAAGCUCCUGUAUCUUAAAUCAGACUUCAGGUUAAUGCUUUAUACAGUGUACAGUAUAUCAAGGUUUUUAGCACCAGAUUAGUUGAUUGCCAUAGACCUAACUCUUGUAGGAAAUUGCUUCUCAAUGCAGUUGUGGAAUUGGAGAUUUUGUAUUAAUCCAUUCAAAACAAAUGACAAGCUAAACAUUCACAUAUAGAAAAUGUGUAUAAGCUACUGAUCAUAAAAAGGACACCUGCCUAAAUAACAUGACACUUGAAAUCAGUCUCCUUUGCCAAGAGUAGUUAAAGUAACAGGUAGACCCUAUGUACUAUCCAUGUUGCUGUUUGUCUUUUAACAAAUUUUAUAGUCAAAACUACCUUUCACAACAGGAAUUGGUAAUACUAAGGGCCUAAUCCAAUUCCUGGUUGAAGUCAGUGGAAACACAGACCUCCUGAAGAAUCCCUGUUCAAAAUAUGAUCAUCACUUGCAUUUGGUAUGACAGUUAGGAAAUAGCUAAUUUAAAAUGACACGUCUUGUUAUUCCUAAUGCUGUUAAUCUUUAUCAGCACUCAGCUGUAAACCAAUUGGUAAAUAA